CCUUCUCGUUUGUUCUGCCCACAUUUCUUCCCAUCUUAAGGCUGUGGUCUUUUUAGUAAAAAAAAUGUAAAAUCUUUGUUCAUUCUGGACUGUCUUUGAUGAUUCCUCUGUUGUGAGGCCUGUUUAAUUUCAUCAAUCCAACAAUUCUAUCACGGACAACAAAACGUUUCUAGUCUCAUCCAACACGGGCACAAAACGUUUCUGGACUCAUCCAACACACAGUCCUCAAAGGAAGGGCGGUGGAAACGUUUCCCCUGUUAUUUUCAGAGGAUUACAUUUCUUAAAUCGAAGCCACUUUUGGUGACAAUGGCUGCUCUUUCAGUGUGGUUUUGGAACGAGAGGUUUUGGCUCCCACAUAAUGUGACUUGGGCGGAUCUUGCAGACCCAGCGCCCGGGGUGGAGUAUCCAAAAGCCGGGCACUUACUCUCUGCCUUACCGCUGGCUGUGGGGAUCUUUGCUGUCAGAAUACUAUUUGAGAGGUUCAUAGCCAGUCCAUGUGCCUUCCUCUUGCAUAUCCACGCUGCCUCAGUCCACUGGCGAGCCACACCCAACCCUGUCCUGGAGAAGGUGUUUACAUCCAUCACAAAGGUGGAGGCUUAUAUUUUAUCUGUUCAUGUUUACCUACGGGAUCUGCUUUCUAUGGAAGUGCUCAUGGAUGUGGGAUACACACCACUGCUGGUACAACUACCCCUACCAGGUCCUGACUCCAGGCCUGUACCACUACUACGUGACUGAGCUGGGCUUCUACUGGUCUCUCAUGUUCUCUCAGUUUACUGACAUCAAACGCAAGGACUUCCCCAUCAUGUUCAUUCAUCACCUAGCAACAGUGAGCCUGAUCAGUUUCUCCUACGCUAACAACAUGCUACGUGUCGGGAGCCUGGUGAUGUGCGUUCACGACGCAUCAGACUUCCUACUGGAGGCAGCCAAGCUGGCCAACUACGCCAAGUACCAGCACCUGUGUGACUUCCUGUUUGUUCUGUUUGCAGUAGUCUUCUUCAUCACAAGGCUUGUCCUCUACCCUCUAUGGAUCCUGAACACAACAUUGUUUGAGAGCUGGGAGAUCAUUGGCCCAUACCCUUCCUGGUGGCUCUUCAACUCCCUACUACUGGUGCUGCAGGUGCUGCAUGUCAUCUGGUCCUACCUCAUAGCCGGGAUCGCCUACAAGGCUUUGGUCCGAGGAAAGGUUUCUAAGGAUGACCGCAGUGAUGUUGAGAGCAGCUCAGAGGAGGAGGUGGACACCAACGGGACCAAUGCAGGGGGGUUAACAUGGUGUUCUCUUCGUAAGGUAGAGAACGGCACCAAACGGCCACGCCGUCACUAUACUACCUGGCCACAACAGAUACGUAGCAGCAGCAGCAGCAGGUGAUAGAAAAGAGGAGUCUGCUGUCUGAUUCACAGUAUAGGGCUGACUGGGGUCCAAUAUGUCUGGCCUGGUUACACUGGGCAUCCACUAGUUGUCGGAACUGUGCUGGAAAGGACAAUGUCGAAAAGAAAAGGAAAUAUCUGAGCCAGCACAGUACUGUUCAGGUCGGCCCUAUAGUGAGAAUCAGGCAUAUCUGAGCCACACAGUACUGUUCAGGUCGGCCCUAUAGUGAGAAUCAGGCAUAUCUGAGCCAGCACAGUACUGUUCAGGUCGGCCUCUAUAGUGAGAAUCAGGCAUAUCUGAGCAGCACAGUACUGUUCACGCCGACCCUAUAGUGAGAAUCAGGCAUAUCUGAGCCAGCACAGUACUGUUCAGUCGGCCCUAUAUGUGAGAAUCAGGCAUAUCUGAGCCAACACAGUACUGUUCAGGUCGGCCCUAUAGUGAGAAUCAGGCAUAUCUGAGCCAGCAGUACUGUUCACGCCGACCCUAUAGUGAGAAUCAGGCAUAUCUGAGCCAGCACAGUACUGUUCACGCCGACCCUAUAAUGAA